GACGGCGGUCUUGUCGCCUCGCGCGCGGCGAACAUAGUGGGGGCCACGCGAGAGAGUUUUACGUACCGAAAUGAAACUACUCGGCGGAGAAAGUGAGAGCAGACGUACGACGUCGGACACUGAGCACACGACGAGCAGAGGCGUGCUUCUUCGGGGCUCCUCCAAGAGAGGAGAUAGACAUGGUGUGAGCCCGUCACGGUGCGGACCCCGCGUGCUCGCUGAUUCGCUUCAUUCGGGUAGAAUAGAACACCGCGAGCGGUAGUGGUGUGUCCGAAGAAGAUCCGAAGAGGAAUUGUUUCGGAGAGGACGUCGGAAAGGUCGGACCGCCAGAAUUGCGAUCUACUCUUCGUCCGGGGAAUCUUCGGCGGAGGACACGGUCGAUCACGUGUCCGCGAAUCAGUGAGAGUGAGAGGAAUAGAGGUGUGUAAUCGUGACGGUCAAUUGGUGGUGGAAGGUCGAAGCUGAAGAGUCCACGGACCGGUGCCCGUGGAAACUCGAGCUCGAGCCUGUUUGACAAUUAGAAGCGACCUCGCUCAUUUACCGAACCUUAUCGAUAGGUCAAUAAGACCUUAUCGUGACGUGAUAACGCGCGAAGACGACUGUCUCGGCUCCGGACAGUUUGACGGUUUCAAAGUAAGUUCACGAAGGGAGCGGGACUCGCACGCUGGGGAUACGUAAAUCGCGCGAGUGUUCACGGCUUCGCGUGACGUAAUUGAGAUUGGGAAUCGAGGACGAAGACUCAUCUCGCGCUGACACUGAGACGCGCUCGUCGCAACGGUACCCUCGGUUGUGUUAUGGUGCUGAGGACUACUUCGGUCAGACGAAGAGGCCGCAGAAGAGAGGGUGGCAGGAGUAAUAUCCUGGCGGGAUCCUCCUGAGAAAUCGUUCUCCUAUUGGCUCAAUCGAUCGAGGAGAAAUCCAGAAAGAUCAGGUCCGGUUCGAUCCGGUGAGUCGCGAUACGAUGGGUGCAUCGAGGCCGCGCCAUUGGCUUCUCGCUGCGGUCGUCCUCCUUACCGUCUCCUCGAGUCUCAUGGCGAGCGAGAGCCAGCUGAGCUUGAGCAACUCCGACUCCUCCGCGAGCAUCGACGCCCUGAGGAAAGAGACUAAUCGCACGAGCGGGACGGCGACGAUUCGCCGGCGAAGGUACGUGCGAUUUCCCACGGGGCCCUCUUACCUCUUCGACAGCGGCCCGCUGCUCGGCAGGAACCUUGGGCCGCACCCGACCACGCGCUUCGCACCUCAGGUCCAGUUCCCCUCGUGGAGGCAACACAAGUCCCUCUGGAGGAGCCCCGUCGCCGAUUACAACAGACCGGUGAUGGCCCAUCGAAGCCCGCGACUGAUAUUUCGCGACAACGACUUCCUGCCGCCGGUGGGGGGCGGCGCGGCCUCCUUCUUCCAGCAGUCAAAUCAGCUGCCAGAAUUCGAGGAUGACGUCCGAGAUCAUCGGAAGCAGACGCCCGAGGAUUAUCCCAGAUUGGAAACAGAGACGCGCCAAGAAAAAAGGCCGCUGUGGAAAGGCGACGAUACAUUGUGCGCGGAUGGACGGAGCUGCGAAUUUUUUCUAAUGUGCUGGAUGUCUGCUGGCCUAUUGGACGGCAGCUGCGGCGGCAUUAUGUUCGCGUGUUGUCAGCGGAAAGACCCUAAAGCUCUCACUGAUUAUAACCUGAUCGAGUCGCCUAGAGAUCAAUCUCGGCCGCUUCCGCUGGAUUUGUACACGGGGACCGCCAGCGACGAUCGUUGCGGCAUACCCGUCUCGAAACAAACCGCGCAGAGGAGGAUCGUUGGCGGCGACGACGCCGGUUUCGGUAGUUUCCCGUGGCAGGCAUACAUACGUAUCGGAUCCAGCAGAUGCGGCGGCACCCUGGUCAAUCGGUUCCACGUAGUCACCGCUGGCCACUGCGUCGCAAACGAAACGCUUAGAGCGUCGGCGCGGCAAGUCCAGGUGACUCUGGGCGAUUACGUGGUCAACUCUGCCAGCGAGUCUCUGCCAGCCUACACUUUCGGUGUUCGGGAGAUUAGAGUUCACCCGUACUUCAAGUUCACGCCGCAGGCGGAUAGGUUCGACGUGGCUGUGCUUCGAUUGGACCGACCGGUUCAUUACAUGCCCCAUAUAGCGCCGAUUUGUCUACCGGAGAAGAACGAAGAUUUCCUGGGUCAAUACGGCUGGGCCGCGGGCUGGGGCGCUUUGCAAGCAGGCUCCAGACUGCGACCCAAGACGCUGCAGGCGGUGGACGUGCCCGUGAUCGAUAAUCGCGUCUGCGAAAGGUGGCAUCGCUCCAACGGCAUCAACGUUGUCAUUUACGACGAGAUGAUGUGCGCCGGUUACCGCGGCGGCGGUAAGGACUCGUGUCAGGGCGACAGCGGCGGCCCGUUGAUGCUGGAGAAAACCGGCCGGUGGUAUUUGAUCGGCAUAGUAUCCGCCGGUUAUUCCUGCGCGCAACCGGGUCAACCGGGGAUCUAUCAUCGCGUGGCCAAAACCGUCGACUGGAUCACGUAUGUCAUAAACUCGUAGCGCGUCGAUCACCGGGCGAAGCAGCCGGGGGUCGUCGGCAAACGGGCCGCGGACUUUGCAUGACACAAAGCUCCAGCAUGGGGAUACUUCGUGCCGAGGAGUACGACUUCAGGAUCCGCGAUCGCUCCUGAAGAAUGACCGAUGUGACGCAGCGGGAAGUUUUGAUACGACAAUCUAGUUUGAGCGCGAUGCGCUUCAUUCGAGACUAUACUUAACGAUGUUAUAGCCAUUUUUACUCUUAUAUAUGCAUACGCGAAAUGUAAGAAAAAUACUUAGGUGCAAUCUACUUUCAUUCCACGCAGAAUCGACGGGAGACGACGAGUUAAGAGUGACAUUGAAUUUUCGUUAAUAUCGUUUCGGAGAUGGAUAUAAAGAGAGACGACGUUCCCUAUUGUAAAUUGUAAUGUUGUUAAAUGUAACACGAUUAUUAUAUAAGUAUUUUCAUGUGGG